AAUUAAUAAAGUCGAAGAACCCUAAUCCAAAAAGUAGCCCUCUGAUACCGAAGCCAACCAGAUUCAUCACUCCAGAAAACCCUCUGUGCCGCCGUCGCAAAUGGAGGUUAAUUUCACCUCAAAAUUUGGUGGGUAACACCCAAAUCCUCCACUGAGUAGCUAGAUUGAUUUACCGAUUCAAACAAAGUAAGCUACAAAAGAGAUAUAUAUAUAUAUAUAGCAAAAGCAAAGCAAGCUCAAAGUCCACUGUCUCCCUCUCUCUCUCUCAGCUAGCUUCCACUAAUCCUUCUCUUUUCUUGAAUUAUUACACCAUUUAUUGUAUUGCAAUCAAGAUCAAUUUCCUACUCACAUAUUUUAAAAUCCAACAAAUCUCGUCGAAAAAAAAAUCGGUAGUGUAUUGAAUGGAGGGGCAUCAACUACCACCAGCAUUCCACACGAGGGAUUUCAACCUGCAACAGCAAUUCCACCACCACGGCGAAGACGAGCAGAGCGAGACCAGCAGCCUAAAGCGCGGCCAUGACGAGGGCGGCGGGGAGGGAGAGAUGUCCGUCAACCGGAGGCCGAGGGGCCGCCCCGCCGGCUCCAAGAACAAGCCGAAGCCGCCGAUCAUCAUCACGCGCGACAGCGCCAACGCCCUCCGCACCCACGUCAUGGAGAUCUCCGACGGCUGCGAUGUCAUGGACGCCAUCACCAGCUUCGCCCGCCGCCGCCAGCGGGGCGUCUGCGUCAUGAGCGGCACCGGCAGUGUCACUAAUGUAACCCUAAGGCAGCCGGCGGCGCCGGGGGCGGUCAUGACCCUGCACGGCAGGUUCGAGAUCUUGUCGCUGUCGGGGUCGUUCCUCCCCCCGCCGGCCCCGCCCGCGGCCACCGGGCUGACUAUAUACCUCGGCGGCGGGCAGGGGCAGGUGCUGGGGGGCAGCGUGGUCGGGCAGCUCCUCGCGUCGGGGCCCGUCAUCGUAAUGGCCGCUUCGUUUAGCAAUGCCGCGUUCGAGAGGCUGCCGCUUGAGGAAGAUGAGAAUGCCGCGGUUCAAGUUCAGGGUGGAUCGCCGCCGCCGCUGCCGCCGCAAAAUCAGCAGCAGCUCAUGGGCGACCCGUCUUUGCUGCAAGGGAUGCCGCCUAAUCUUUUUAAUCAGAUGCAAAACGAGGCGUUUUGGGCAACCGAGAUAUAUAUUGAUCGAUAUCAGCGUUAAGCAUCAAAUGGUAGGAGCUGUCCAGCUGAUUUUAAUUAUUAAAUUUCUCAUAGUAAUCAGUGAGAUUAAGGUAUGAGUAACAUGAUGCAUAAGUAGAAGGGCCUUCACUAAAGGUAUUUACAAUUUCAAUACAUGGAGGGCUGGCAAAACAUUUCACGAGAGGUACGGGCUUAUCAUAUGCAUAUAAUUUUCCUUGGGAAAAUUAUCAAAAUAUCUAAAAUGUCCUAUAUAUACUAAUUUAUAAUAUUCGAAUUUUCAAUUUUGCAUCUUAAUCUAACGUUAAAAUAUUGAGUGAUUGAACAUAUUAAAAUA